AUGUCGCUCUUCGGUGGCGGUGGAGGGUCCUCCGGGACCGCUCCUGGUUCCAAGUCUCUCUUUGGAGCAACCACCUCAGGCACCAGCUCGGGACUCUUAGGGGCUUCUUCCUCAUCAUCUUCGUCUCUCUUUGGCGGGGGAGGCUCCUCGCUGUUCGGAAACAGCUCUUCUUCAAUUUUCGGUGCUGGAUCGACCGCCAAGCCUGCGCAGACGCCUGGUCUGUUUGGCAGUGGCGCAACCAGCUCCUCUUUUUCUGCUUCUCCGUCUUCUUUGUUCGGAAGCGCAGGUGCGACGGAGAAGCCCGCUGCUUCUGGAGGCCUCUUUGGAAGUACAGGCGCAAAUUCUUCGUCUUCGCUCUUUUCAGGCGGAGGCGCAGCGUCUGCUGCAACAUCUGGGGGCGGUCUCUUCGGUAGUGCUGCUUCAGGGUCUGCGUCAUCAUCAUCUUCGUCUUCCUCUUCUUCUCUUUUCGGGGGUGGAGGCGGUACCGCAAAUCCAGCAGCUUCUGGCGGCCUCUUUGCAGGUACAGGAGCUUCUUCUUCGUCUUCUUCUUCGUCUUCGCUGUUCGGUAGUGGAAGCUCGGCAGAGAAGCCCACUGCUUCUGGGGGCCUCUUUGCAAGUCCAGGAGCAAAUGCUUCGUCUUCGCUUUUUUCAGGAGGCCCAACGGCUACUGGGACAUCUGGGGGUGGUCUCUUUGGCAAUACCGCUUCUGCGAACUCCUCGUCGUCCAGUUCCUCCUCUUCUUCCUCUUCUUCGUCUUCUUCCUCGUCCUUGCUGUUCGGCAGCGGAGGCGCGACAGAGACGCCCGCUACUUCUGGAGGCUUGUUCGGAAGUAAAGGCGCAAAUUCUUCGUCUUCGCUCUUUUCAGGCGCAGGUACAGCAUCUACUGGAACAUCUAAGGGUGGUCUCUUCGGCAAUGCUACUUCAGCGUCCUCCUCUUCUACUUCCUCCGCUUCCGCUUCUUCCUCUUCUUCCUCGUCCUCCUCAUCUUCUUUGUUCGGAAGCGCAGGUGCGACGGAGAAGCCCGCUGCUUCUGGAGGCCUCUUUGGAAGUACAGGCGCAAAUUCUUCGUCUUCGCUCUUUUCAGGCGGAGGCGCAGCGUCUGCUGCAACAUCUGGGGGCGGUCUCUUCGGUAGUGCUGCUUCAGGUUCUGCGUCAUCAUCAUCAUCUUCGUCUUCCUCUUCUUCUCUUUUCGGGGGUGGAGGCGGUGCCGCAAAUCCAGCAGCUUCUGGCGGCCUCUUUGCAGGUACAGGAGCUUCUUCUUCGUCUUCUUCUUCGUCUUCGCUGUUCGGUAGUGGAAGCUCGGCAGAGAAGCCCACUGCUUCUGGAGGCCUGUUCGGAGCUCCUGCGACUGCGUCGUCACUUCUGCCAGGGGCUGCAGCGUCUGCAGAAACAUCUGGGAGUAGUAUCUUUGGCGGUGCUGCUUCUGCGUCGUCUUCCUCUUCCACUUCCUCUGCCUCUUCCACUUCCUCUGCCUCUUCUUCCUCCGCUUCUUACUCCGCUUCUUCAUCUUCUUUGCUCUUCGGGGGCGGCGAAGGGACUGCUGGAGCUGUGUCUGCGAAACCGUCUUCUCUUCCAGGUUCCUCUUCUCUCUUUGGGUCGGGGCAAAGCACAAAGGCAGCUGAGGCGCCUCAGUCUUCUCUCUUUUCUUCCUCGCGCCUUGCUUCUGCCUCUUCCGCCGGCGCCAGCGCUUCGUCUACCUCUGCUUCGGCGCCCGUGGUCGCCUCCUCGAUGGCAGCCUUGGCGGCGGGGUCUUCUCCGGAAAUCCGUAAGUGUCUUGUCAGCUACAUGCACCUGAAGUCGGUUUUGAUUUCGCUUUCGCUCUCGGAAUGCCCCGCCCAGGUCGAGGAGCUCUUUUCCUCGCCGCAGCUGCUGCAGCGCUUCGCCUCGCUGCUCUCCCCGUUUGAUCCUUCCGUGGACCGCGCACUGCCUCAGAAUAUUUCGGCCGAUCUGCAUGCGGCCAUCUCGGCGGUUCGCAAGCAGUUCGCGCAGAGGGCGGCGCGUCGGAGAUCGGCUUCCGACGCGACGGAUGCUGCGCGAGACCGUUUGGUGCCAUCCGAGGCGAUGAUCUAUGAGGCUCUGUCUGUGUUCCUGCUUCGGAAGUUCAACAAGCAGCAACAACUUCUUUCGCCGCGUUUUUCAGCCCCCUUUCUCCAGGAAGCCGUCGAUCCCGACGACCCUGUCACGAUGCGAGAAGUGGAAGACAUUCUCGUCGACGAACAGGUCGACUUCUUUUGGUGCCUCGCCUUCAUUUUUCGCACCGCGGCUUCUGUGGCUCCGUCGUCGAGCCGGACCCAGGCCCCGAAGCAGAGGACGCCUGCGACUCUGGACUCCAGCAGCGACAAAUCUCUUUCUGGACAGAAGAGUGAGAACAGGGACGCGCCUGCUUCAGGCCCGAAGCGCGACGCUGCGAAGAGUUCGUCGCUCGAACAGGCCUGCUUCGCCUUUGCGUGCUGUAUAGUGCGCGAGAAGAACAUCGAGGAGGGCCUUUUUCGGACCUACGACGAGUUGAGUCGACGCUUCGAUGGAUUGGAAAGGAGCGGUCGCAAAAGGUCUGCCCUGACCGAGGACACCGUGAAGCGCGAGGCAGCUCGCGCGUCCCGCUCUCCGGCUUUGCAGCAAGUGGCUGAGGAACCGGAGACUGUGAAGGCUUUGGCGGCGACUCUGCGCAUCCAGAAGGCGCUGCUUCACUGUUUCGCGGCGUUCUACCGUGCGAGGAAUGUUCUCGAGGCAUGCGCGAAGGAGAAGCCUGUCUCUGCGGCCGCUACGCUCCACCGCCUCGCCUCCAUGGUCACAGACGACUCCUUCGUCGGCGCUCUGGCGGCGAGCAGCAGCGAAGAUCGCCGCUUGCUCCACAGCUCCCGGCUUCGUCUCGCGGGCCAGGAGGUAGCCGACGCCUCUGCGCUUCUCCUCGUGGCGGCGUACCCCUUCGCCUUGUUUCGCGGGGCGCUGGAGGGCCAUCAGGAGGCGCGCGAGGCCCAGGAGACUCUCGCGCAACUCGGCGCGGCGGACCACUUUGCGGCGCUCCACCGCGGUGUCAUGACACCGCUCUUGAACGCGUUUAAGCAGCGGCUCGAGCGCGAGGGCGACAGCUGGGAUCUCUUGUCUCUUUCCUCCAUCGACCCAGCAGGCGAGCCUUCGCAGAGCGUGGAUAGUGGAGACGAGGCCGAAAGUCGAGGGCCUGGAUACCCGAGUGCGGAGUACCCCGACGCGCUGUACGAGCAGUUCAUUGCCCACCCGAGCGUGGUGCCCAUUGUCCUCUUUGCUCACGCAACGGCCCUCGCGCUCUUGAGCAGUGAGGACAAAGACGCUUCGUCGGCGGGGCGAAGUUCGAAGGAAGACUGCUCGCUGAGCGUCGCCGAAGUGGACGCCUUUCUCCAGCCUCUCCUUUUGUGUGGAAGUCCGUCCUUUGCGGCUGCGCUCGAGGCUCUGGUCGUUGUGCGCGACGGCUUGCGUCAAGCUGGCUCGGCUGCGGCUGCUGCGGAUCCCCUUCUGAGCAUGCAGCGGGAGAUUCUUCUGGAGUUUGUGCAUCUCCUGCUUCUCCACCUCCCUCUCCACCAUUUCCAGGGCUUCGAACCCCUCGUGCAUGCAGUCUCUGGUCUCGUCGACAGUCCGGGUGUGGCUGAGGACCUCUGGCUCCGCUUCUCGUCGCGUUCCGGCGCCUUCUUGUUCUCUCCUUCGGUCGCUCCAGACUCAGCCGGCCCCGGCGCCUCCACAGGCAAAGCCGCUGCGCUCGCUCGCGUGGAGCCUUCUUGCUCGCAGUGUGGCUGCUGGGGAGACUUUGUCAGUUCCCUCCAGCGUGAGACGCGCCUCACUCAGAGAAGGUCUUCCGGCUCUCGGCUCGCGAGCCCUCCUCGAUAUGGCGGCCUGUACGUUCUCGUCGAUCUGCUGCGCUGCGUCUCCUUUCCCUUUGGCCUCCAUCUCCUUCUGCAACUGGUGUCGGCGCUCGUUCCGCGUUCCCCGGCCUCUCGAGUCGUGGAGAAGGCCCCGGAGGCGGAGGCGGAGGACGCGGGCGACGACGAGGAAGUAGUUGUCGAUGCAACCUCGCUUGCGGCAUUUCUCGCUUUCCUCACAGAGCCUCUUCCAGGAAUCCUCCUUCCUCCGCUGCCGGAUUUGUUCUUGCCAGCCGACGCGGGGGACGAACGCGCCUUGCGCGGCGAGACUGCAGAGAACGCCUUGCCGAGACCCGGACCGUCGCCUCUGAGGCGUCCAUACGUCUCAGUUGGGCCUGUGCCUCUGGAACUUUGUCUAGGCGUGAUGCUCGGUUUCCAGGAACCACUGGUUGACGACAAGCGCGAGGUCGGUGGCCAGGGCCGAGAAGCGUUCUUCGACGCGUCGGCAGUCAGCGGCGGAGCUGAGGUCUGGUCUCUACUCCCUCGGGGAGUCUCCGCAGAAGUGCAGGGCCUCCCAGUAUGGCGCCUGACGAAUGCGGGUGCAACUGCAUGCGCGACGACCGCCACAGCACUCCGCCAGCGCUUCGAACUCGCGGAGGGCAGAAGCGAAGACUCGCGAAACCCAACGGCUUCGCUCCUGGCAAACGACUCGCGGCCGCCCUGUCUCGACGGCGAAGGCUGGUGGGGUGUUUCUACAGACGGGGCUCGCGCGCAGCCUGCCUUGCGCGUCUUGGAGCCUGGACGCGACAACGCGACUUCCCGUUGCGGCCGCCUGCUCUCGGGUGUCUCGGCGUCUUGGGGACCAGAACAGUCGGACUUUUUUCCUGCGGGUGAGAGCGGAGGCGAUGCAAGUGCGUUCAUGCUCCUCCACGCCCUUCGCGUCCGACUGGGAGGCAGAGAGACAGAGCGUGAAGAGACAGGAAGGAGCGCAAAGGGAGAGGAGAGAGAACACAACGUGGAGUUGCCUUGUCUCUCCCUCUUGAGAACUGCUUGGUUUGUUUUCGACGCCGGUCUCCAGUUUCUCACUCAGACGGGCAAACCCCUGCCGGACGCUGCACUCAAGUCCUUCAUCGCUGCGAGCGCCUUGUUUGCCCGACUGGCUGCUUGGCCACCGGCGAUGCGUCUCGUGGCGGAACUGGUGAUUGCCGAAGAAGUUUACAACGUCGGAGGCCCUGCUGCAGCUUUUUCGGUGAACGCCGCGACGGCUGCUGCUUCGUCGAAUGUCCGGGAGAUCCUCGCGCUCUUCCCACGAAAGGCGAAGGCGUCUAAAACGAAAGGCAACUCUGCAUGCACGGGGGAAGACGACAAGGCAGCGGGGGCAGACGCGGGAGAGAGCGAGGCUUCUGGCGACUCGGCCGCCGCCGUGGACGCAUUCCUGGAGUCUAAUCGAAGCAGCGCAGCCGUCGCCCCCUUCGCUCUCAUGCCGCGUCUCUUCGCCCUCGCGUGUCUUGCGGCGCAACAGCAACAGCUAAGAUGCAUCCUCCCGGAGGCCCUCACAGGUCUGAGGUGCUGUCUGACACCUUGUUCUUUGCAGAAUAUUUUCCACGUUUUUCGCCUGCUGUGGCCAGUGAGUGAACUGGGACCUUCUUCUUCUUCUCUGUCUCCGGCGCGUGAGUGUCGCUCUCUGUUUUCUCGCUUCUCUUCGCCUGACGAGGGGCGCCUGGAGACCCCGCUCGCCUCUCGGCUGCCGCUUGUGCUCCUCCAGCCGCAGACGUCUGAACUGCUAACAGUGGAUCUUGCUUCUCCUCCGGAGGCUGUGCACACCUACUGGCAAUUGCUGAUGCUGAUCUCCGUGGGCUCUCGCUCGCGGUCGGAAGCCUCGUCCUUGCGCCGGUCUUUGUUUCGACCGUUCUCUUCUCUCGCGUCUCCAUCCUCCGGUGCGUUCUUCCCCCCAGAGUUCUUCUCCUUAGAGUGCUUCUGUCCAGAGUUCUUUUCCGCGCCGUUCCUGAGUGUCUCCGAGGGUGUGUGGGGCGACCCCACGGGCGCCGGAGACUGUGGGGCGCGAGGUGGAACGGCGGGACUGCUGUCUCCCUUCUCGCUGCGGAGACUGCUGCACCUUCUCGGCGAGGCGAUGGAGGAAGAGAAGAGCGUUGGCGCGUACCCAGUGUUGAAGAGCACGCUGCUUCUUCUUCUAAACCUUCUGCAGCUCUGUCCACCCGCGGCGCUCACGCUGUCUUGGCAGCAGCAUGCAGCUCUGAGUGCGGCAACGGUGGCCGAGAGCGCCCGCGAGCUUCUGCUUCGCGAGCGCGAGAGGAGACGCCACGAGCGAGAAGAAAGCGAUCCGAGUCUUGAAGGCGAGGCCGAAGAACAUCCGAUGUUUCGGGCCUUCCUCGCGCCGUUCAGGGACCUCGCGCGCAUGCAGUUUGGAGCCCCAGAUGCGGAUGUGUGCGGCGACGGCGGCCUCCUCUGUCCACCUGACCUUGCAAGAGAGGAAACUGCAAAUAAAGGCGGAUCGCUCGAGGAGAGCUACUGGGUGCUGUUCCCGACUCCUGCUUCGCGCCCGGCGAAUCGCCGAGCCGGUUUGUUCCGCGGAGACAGAGAGGUCAUCGCUGUGGAGCCUGAAGAAGAGGCGGGGACCGAAAGCCGGGAGAGGACCGCUGCGGAGACAGGAGCGGACCUCACCUUCCUCGCCGAGUGCGCAGAGUCGCAGAGGCUGCGAGUUUUUCUAGAACGGCGACAACUGACGCAACUGGAAGAGCAAAGAGAUACUUUUGGCGCAAUCUGCGAAUUUCUCUUCAGCUCUGUCUGGACGAGACUUGCGAGCUGCUCCUUCCACCACUUUGCUCACCGCGCAGAAGUCGUCGAACUGCUUCUUGCCGCCACCACUGAGACACUCAGCCUCCUCCAGGGCGCCAAUCGCCUCCCUGGCGCAGGCGAGGAGACAUCCAGCUCUGUCGGGCCACAGGGACACCGUCCGGAGGACUCCAGGACUAAGAAAAGCCGCGGAGACAGGCAAAGAGACAGGGACGGAGAUCGAGAAAGGUGGAGACAGUGCGAGGCUUUGCGGGGCUCCGAGGAAGACGACGAGAGAACAGGGGAUCUGCAAAGGGAUGCAGACGCCCCGGGUACCAUCAAGGCGACUUUGGCGCCUGACGGAGGCGCUUGGGUCUUCACCCACGCGGGUGAGGCCAGGGCCCCGCAUUCGCGUUUCGAAAGAGAAAGAGACAACCGUCUCCAAAUUCUUUUCUGGGAUAAGCAGGGAGGGGUUUUCGCCAAACGAGCUGCCACGCUUGCGGUGUACGGACACGUCGAGUUGACGAAUCGCCUGUUGGAGCAGCUGUCGUCUUCAAACUUUCUGUCGUCUUUGGCGUCGCUUCUUCGGUGCAAUAUUCUCUUGGAACUCUGUCCGCCGUACGCGCGUUGUCAGGCGCUACCUACAGAGGGUUCUCCUUUUCUCUUUGCGUUUGUCAAUUCUCUUCUCCUCUCGAUGGCGUCUCUCGACUUCCACUCUCUUUCAUCGGUGGCCUGGAUCACCCCUCUGGCUGCGACCAUGCUGGGGACGCCACCUGUGCAAGCAAGGCGCCUGCGUUCUUCGUUUGCGUCACCGCUCCUCCUUCUUCCCCCCCGGGCUCCCUGCUGCUCAAAUGCCCGUGGCGAAUCAACUGCGCGAGGCGAUUCAACUGCCCCAGGCUGUCGAUGCUGCGCCUUCUGUUCUUCCGCUUCCUCCUUUUCUUUUUCUUCGUUUCCUUCGGCUGUAGGUUCCUCCUCUGGAAAUCUGUUCGGGGGUGUGCAAGCUGCUCCGACGUUCCUCCGGGAAACAGCGCUUGGCUUGCUGCCACGGGUCGUCUCUCUCCCCGCUGGGCCUUCUGAGACUCCCUACUCGCCGGUCUCGUCUCUGGGUCGCUGGAGCGCGCACUGGACAGGCCGCGCGCUCGUAGAAAAUGUUCCCUUGUGUCUCUCGGCUUCUGGACUCUCCGCGGUCUCGACGUUCUUCGCCUUCCGCGCAGCGCCAUCUUCGCGGCUCCUCGACACCGUGCCUGCGCUCCUCCCGGCAGAGGCCGCGCUCUGCGUCUCCGCGGUCACAAGUCCGAACACAGAUCGCUCGCAGAACAUUCUCUGUCUCGUCGCCCAAGCCUUUCUCCACCUUUUCCUCGCGACUGCAGUCUCCCCCACGGGCGCGGCUCUCGGCGCCUGCGAGGCCGCGACUUCCUCGCUCUCUCCUCCAGGAACCUCCUCCGCCUGCGACGCGAGCCUCCUACUGCCCCCCCAGAGGUCCCCAGACGGAGAGUCCCUAGGGCGCAGGAAACGAAAGAGCUUGGACACCCAGUCGACUUCCUGCGACUCUGCGCCGGGUCUCCUGCUCUCGCGACUCCAGAGACAGCUGUGGAAACUCGCUUUCUCGCCAGCCUCGACUUUGCCGGAGGAUCUGGGCAUCUCCUCGUCGCCCCUGUGGCCCGACGUCCCAGACCUCCUGCCCUCGCACCCUGGAGACGUCCUCGCGGCGCUCCAAGAGCAAGAGACGUUUCUACUUCUCUCGCAGGGUGCGGCUACGGUCAGGGUGUCUCCAGCGGCGCGGCGGCCCGUGUGGAGGCGAUCCUCUGGGACGACGGCGCGUGCUCCAGCCAACUUUGUUCAGUCUGUCUUCGCGCUGCUCGAGGCGUCCUCGCGUCUCAAGGUCGUCACGGCGUCGCUGCUGAACCUCCUGACCGUCGCCUCGCUUGGACUCCAGCGAGCUCGCAGAGGAAAGUCAGAGACUGACCCGCGCGGCGCGGACUGUUUCCCUGCAGGCCUGGGGUGUGAGGCGGUGGCCCCGGGGCGCGCUCAUGUCUCCUCCUCGCCCUUCGCCGUCUGCCUCACCUUCGCUCCGAAGGAAGUGCAGACCGUGCUGGAGCGCGAAGACGCGAGAGGCCAGCAGGUCGAGAAGGCGUCUGAGAAGAAGGAAGUGGAGAAGGCGGCGAGUCGGUGGCGAAGAAAACGGCUGCGGUUCGUGGACCUUCUUUUCCCUGGCGGCGUCCUCAGCAAGGGGCUGCGCGACCUGUACGCGAAAGAGCCGAUGAAGGAGUACCGCUUGCUUUUGCUGCAGCUGCUUUUGUUGCUUCUGUCAGAGCCCUCCGACGCGAACUGCGCGCCUCUCGCGCUUCAUCACGACCUCAUUUUCCUCGGCGGAGGCGGCGGCUUUCUCGACGGAGAAGAGAAGGAGGAGCCGCUUCUCUGGACCGCCGUGGACUUUGCGCAGCAGAUUCUUCUGGACGUCCUCGACACCGCAGCCGCUUCUUCUCUCGGGGACACAGAGGGCGAGAAGAGCCCGGGGAGUCGCACACAGCUGCGCCUGGCGUCUCUGGGGGACCUCAAGCUUCUGCGUCUCGGCCUGCUUCUCCUCGAGCAGCUCUGCUUCUCUGCAGGCGCCCAGGCCGUCCACCUUCAGCUGCUUCAGCAGACGGUGCUGGGCGUGAGGCGCCUCGAGUCGCGAGGCCGCAGACUGCAUACACAUCGUGGCGCGGGUGUCGACGACGCCUUCGUCGCCUUGACCGGAGGCAAGGGAGGAGGUCGAGUGGAAGAGAAGAGCGUCGGAGGAUGGAAACUUCUGCUGCGCGUCGCCCACAGCUUGCUCGCCACCUGGCAGCAGGUCGACUGGACUCGCGCGCGUCUGUGGUUAGCUGCAACUGCAUGCACGCCAGGAGUUCCAGAGAGCGAAGACAGCGGGCGGGUCUCGGAGGGCCAUGAGACGCUGCUGCCGCUCGCGAGCGUCGAGACGCCUGCCCUCGACUCCGGCGGCUCCGCGGUUUUUUCCCGACUCAUUUCGAGCGCAGGCUUCGACGUCCCCCUCUACGCCUCCCUCGGCGCCUCGACCGCGACCUCCGGUGUACAUACACCCGCGUUCUCGCGGCGACCCAGUGGGAACCUGCGCGCGAGCGUCUCAGGCAGGGACAGCGCGAAGGCAAAGAGCGCGGCGGGGGGCGAUGAGGCGGGGAGUGGCGCAGGCUCUGCGUCGAGGUCCUCGCUCUUCCCCAGAGCAUCUGGAGACGGCGGAGACAAAGGACCCGUCUUUUCUCCGGGCUUCGGAGACGAAGAAGAAGAAGAACUCGGCUUCGUCGCGAGUCUCGCGGCGAUUGAACUUUGCGGGGCUUUCCAGGCGCUCCUCAGGAUUCUCGUCUCCCAGAUGCAUGCGCUGCCCCUCGCUGUGCGCGUUCAGGCGAAGGCCAGCGAGGCAGGGAAACCACACAAGUCCCUCUCGAUUUCCGACCUUUUCGUCGACCAUGCCCCGAGCCUCAGUGACUACCGCGAAUUCUUCAGCUUGUUUUUCUUUCUUUCCUCGGACCCGACUUUGCUUGCGGCGUUCUUCCCAGCGCAGCGCAAAACGCAUGCACCUCACACUCCCUCGCUCGGCCUCUCGCCGAUGCCUUGCACGCAGCGCAGUCUUCUGCGCCUCCUGCUCUGGCUUCGCUCACGCUCGAUCUCUCCCGCCUAUCUCCACCAGGCGCAGCCGCGACCUCCACCUGCCUCCUUCUCUCUCGUUCCCCGUCCUGGCGGCGACGCCGCCGCCUGCGUCGUCCCCGCCGCGUCCUCGCCUUCGCCUGUGUCUCACCCGACCCAGACUGCGAGCAUGGGUGGGCGCGGCGGCCAUUGCUCGCGGCGUCCGGCGGCAGCUGCGAGUGCAAGUUUGGAGUCGUUUUCGGAUUUCUGGACUCGGCGCCGCCUCCUCAGAGCUGCCGUCGAAGAAGGCGUCGGCGGAGAAGCUUGUGCCUUCCUCGAGAGUUUGGCGGCAACGUCCGCGACCUCAGAGACGUUUCUGGCUGGUGAGAGGGGGAGAGCGCGGAACGCUCCAGGAUCCGCCUUCUCGCCGCUUCUCUCUCCCUCACUCGUUCGCGCUUGUGGCGUCCUCAGCAGUCCAGAGCAACAUGGCCCCGGCUUCCUCUUUGAUCGCCGAAGCCUCGUCCUCCUCGCCACUCACGUCACUCUCCAGGCCUUUCCCCUCUGCCGCCCCGGCGUCGUUUCGGAGACAGAGAGAGAGCGCCUGCCGAGCGAGUGGAGGCAAUGUGGGGAAGACGAACGAAGCGUUUACCUGCACCCCCAUGAAAGAGUCGAGAAUCUGAGGCCCCGCGGCAGACGCCGAGGAGGCGCAGGAGGCGCAUCUCGGGAGACGGACCCGGGGGAACUGCGCAUAGGAGACAGUUUCAGAAGCAAGGAGACAGGAAGGAGGCGAGAAGGGGACUCAUCCGUGGAAGCUUCCUUUUCUGGAUGUCUCUUGGGCGAGGCGUGGAUCGCCGGCGCCUUUGCAUGUCGCGUCGGAGUCGGGGAGUCUCUCGCCGACGCCCAACUCUCGCUUCUGGCGGCCUUCUUCCAGCUGUUGUGCGUGAGCAGAGAACGGGGGGUGUUUCCGCUAUAUUAUCUGCCAAAGAAAGAAGGAAAUUCGAGCGUACAGAAUGCGCUCGAAGCUGGCGAAGAAGGAGGCCGCAGCGCGGAGCCAGAGAAGAGCCGCGAGGCCUCUUUCGCGUCCUCGCCUUUGAGCGACGUCCAACCACCCUUUCAAGCUGCGGUUUUCCCAGUUCUCUCGAGUCUUGUGGAGAUCUGCGAGCGCGAGAAGUCGCUCUCCAGCGCCUCCUGUGGGCUUUUUUUCAGAAGCGAGUUCUUCCGCCUGCUCGUCGCUCUCGCUCUCCAACUCGUGACAUGCAACUGGACAACAGACGUACGCGGGGCCGCGGCGCCUUCGCGCCUUCUCCUCCGGGCGUCGCAGGCUUCGCUGCAUGCAACCGAGAAGAGUCUCUCGAGCUCGGCCUUCGCGUCGCGUCGCGCUUCGUUGUCGGCGCCGCCGCUCUCGCCUCUUCUUCGCCACCCUGAGGAGCUGGACGACUUCUCUCAGUGUGGCAGCCUCACGCCUUCUCGCCGCGGCGGCGAGGUCGUUGUUUCCUUUGCUCUCUGCCCCGCAGUCGCCUCAGGCGCGGAAGGGCCGUCCAUGGAUACUUCGCGGUCGCGUGACCGCAGCCGCUCGCCGUCGCCCUCUGCGGCCCUGAGUUCCGGAGAGCAGAGCUACUUCCUCUCGCGAUUCUCGGCGAAGAUCCAGCCGCUGGCCGACGCGACGGGGAGCGCGGGACGCGCCGCUUUCCUCUCGCCCGUGUGGCAAGACGAGGCGCUCAAAGGCGCAGCGGGAGAGAGCGCCCAUCCGCCGCUCGCCUUCCUCGCCAAGCCUCUCUUCGCGGCAGGUGUGCGACAGCCUUGCAUCCCAAGUGCAGAGAUCCUCGACAACCUGGAGCGCGCCGCAGCGCUCGCGGAAGCCUCCGAGUGCGACGCGGAGGACGCAAACGAGGUGGACACACGGGCGAGCGGGCAGAAGGAUGAGGAUGAGGAGAAGGAGAAGAAGGCUGCGAGCUUGCGAAGGCGUUUGCGCGCCAGCGAGCUCCUGUUCGCAGUUCAAAAGGGUCUCCUCGAGGUUGUGCGAGAGAAGGUGUAUCAGAAGACAUGUGGUGAGGGGGUCGAGGGUUUCUCGGAGCGCUUCGUGGAGCGGAAACGAGAAGAUCAGAAGCCUCGGAAACAGGUCCAUCUCCCUGCCUUCGCGUCCUCCCUUUCCUUCUUCCCAAACGCUCCUUCCGGGGCCGACGUGGACGCCCCCGGAGUCCAUCUAGCAGGCCCAGGAACCGCGAGGCGAAGUGGCGUCUUCUCUCCUCGGUACCCUCCCGUCAGCGACCUCCAACUCUCUGCACUUCUCCUCGCCUCCGCCAUUUCUUCCGAAACGCGGCAAGAAAAAACAAAGAGAACUGCCUCUUCUGGCUCUCCACGGUCGCGCCACACCGAGCACCCAGGCCCAGAUGCCGGGGCGGGACCUCGCGCGCGAGAAAAGGCGCUGCAUGCAAUUUGCAGAAGAAUUCAACAGGCGACACGAGCCGCAGGCCACCAGCUGCCUGAGGAGGCAGACCUUCUGGACUUGUUGGCUGCGCUCUACGGCUUCACAGUCUUCUCGACCGUCUGGAGUUUCCUCUCCCUGUCCUCCGGAGCCGAUGGGGCCUUGCCUUCUCUGCAGAGUUCGAGGAACUCGGACGCCAGAGAGGAAACAUGUCCCUCGCCUCUCGUGACAUUCUGGGCGGGGGCCCUCGAGUCGCAGCUCGCGGAGCUGCUCGACCAAACCGAGACGGUGUGGGGUCGCUCCGCAGGGGCGUCUCCCAGUGUCUCCGAAUCCGCGCCUGCCUUCUUCUCUGAGUGCUUCGCCUUCUCCGAUUCGUCGGCGGUUUCAGAAGAAACGCGAAUCGCCACUCUCCUCGCCAAGACCCCAGGAGUCCCCUGUCUCGUCCGAGUCUCUGCGUUGUUGCGUCUGAGUCUCCCGCGGCUCUUCCUCAAUGCGCUUGUCUCGCUCCUGGACGCCUCGGUGGCUGCUGUGCAUGCGCGGAGGCGCGAGGGAGACCGCCACGAAGAGAAGAAACCCGCGGAGCCGGGUGUAGCGACACCUCGCCUUCUGCACCCCCUUGCGGCCUCUCGGCGAGCCUCCGAAGACGGCUUGGCUUCGUGGCGCAGGGCGUCCCGAGCGGAAGGGCGUGACGCGAGUUCCCUUUCGACGGAGACAGACGCAGACCCCACCCUCGAGCCUUUCGACCCGCUGGUGGCAUGCGCGCUUCAGAGGGCCCUCGAGCGUCUCCCGCUGCGCCCGCGCCGGCGCGCUGUCUCCUUUUUCUCGCACUCGAAACCUCCCGGCAAGGCGCCAGACGUUUUCGAAGACGAAGCCGCAAGCGACGCUCUGGAAGGCGACCCCCUGUCUUCGCCCCCAGCCCCCCUGCGUGCGUUUCUGCAGCUGCCGCUUGUCCGCUUUUUCUCUCCCUUGGCGGGCAGUCUGUCGGCACAGAUUCAGCAGCACAUAGCGACUCUUAACUCCUUAUUUCCCGGUGUAGCUCCCGUCGUCACGCGCGAGCUCUGGGCGUCUCAACAUCUUCUUCUGCGCCAGCCCGUUGCUCGAUGUAUCUCUCUCUCCCCUCUGGACGCUUUUGGAGACAGAGCAGCUUCUGCCGGUUCAGGUCCCGAGAGUCAGCGAGAUGAAGACUCGCUCUUCUCCCCCAAGACGUCGCUGCUCCUUCACGACGCGAGCUUCUUGGUCGAGGAAGUCGCGCUGCGAACGCUCGGGUCCUACGUUGCCUUCUUUGCCCUCCUCCUUCAGUCGGGAGUCACGCCGCGGAGACCGGGGGGCGCAGCCGCGCUCUUCAGCAGAGCCGCGGCUGCUGCUGCGCCGCUGCUCGACGCGGGCGACGGCGAAGGAUUUUUUGUGGAACUGCAUACGUGCAGAAACAGUCGAGGCGCGAGACAGGGCGCAGGGCUCCUGGAGGCGCCCCCGACAAGCGAGAGAGAACGGUGUACAGACAGCAUAGACAGCAUCGCGAACUCGCACUCUGACGCCUGCCGCUCUUCUCUGUUCUCCCUAGCGAAGUCUGUCAGUGCCUCCCAUCCGUCGUUGCCUGGAGCGCUUCUCGACGCAGACUUUUUCAUCUCUCUGCUCACUCUCGCACCGUUCCAGAGUUUCUUGCAUCCUCUGAGAACCCCCGCCUUCCUGCCGCUCCCGCGCUCGCCGCAGAAGGACGUCGCCCCGACGGUCUCUUGGCUGCCGGCCUACGAGGCCUUGGUCACUUCUUCUCAGGACGCGUCUUGUGUGGGGAAGAAGAUUCGAAGGUCGCCUUCCCACCUGCUGUUCUGCAGGCUUCUCGGGCUCCUAGCCUUAGGCCUUCGUCAGCUCAGGCCUUCUUCGGGAGGCUGUGCUUCGCCCUCUGGAUUCAUCCCUGGAGACAGCGGGGUCGAGUGCGGGACCCAGCUGACGACAGAAGCCGCCGGGAGAGACAGAGAGAGAGCGAGAACUGCGGGACUGAUUCGUAGUCUCCAACUCCUUGACGGGCGCAUGCAGUUCGUUCUCGGGCCUCAAGGCUUCGCCCAAACCCCACAGCUCGCCACCCUCGAAGAGGCUGCGUUGUAUGCACAACUCCUGACGCUUCUGCCCCCCUGGAGAUCCAUGGAGAUCGAACAACAGCAACUUGUUUGGAGAUGGUUCAGUCUGCUGAGGGAUUUCGCGCUCUCCGUUGUUCACGGCUUGUUGCUUUCGCUGGUCGACGGGACCUGCGUCCUGCGCCCCGUCUCGCUCUUGGAGUGUCUGGCAUGUCAGCCGCCGACCGCCUCUUCUCCGCGUUUCUCGGCUUUCUGUGCCUCUCCCGACGACCCAGAAGGCCGCGGAGAAAGUCGCGAGAGAAGGGCAGAGCACAGACAGAGGCGGGCGUUUUGGGGGGACGGCGGCUUUGCCGAAGCCUCGCUAAGCGAAGAUACCGGAGAGUCCCGACGCGUCAUCCCCUCGACCUUUGACCAGCGAGGCAUCUAUCUGAUGCUUCAGAUCUGCAACCACGCGGUGUCUGCGUUCUCCAAAUUCGGUUUUCUGCUCCCGCUGUCGCAUACGCUUCCUCCGCCGCCGCCGUUCUUUCUUCCGGGCUGCGCCUGUUGCUCUUCUUCUUUUGCGCGUUUCUCUUCAGCCACCUCACGUUGGUGUCGCCGCGUUCGAGCCGUCUCUCCUAAGAGUUACUGUACCUUAAUCACCUCUCUCUUUUCGUCUCCCCGCGACGAGGAGACGCGGCUGGCGAGCCCGGGUCGAGCAGGGAGACAGGGAAGAGAAGGAAACGAACGCAAAGACAAACAAGAAGAAGAGAAACGUGAUGCGGCGCUCGUGCGAGAGCGGGAAACCGAGAAAGCAGAAGGCCCCCAGGGGGAAGAACAAAGGGUACUGGAACGGAGAAGACACUUGCUGAGAGACGCCGAUGUCGAGUCCGAGAUCCCUCCGCCAGAGCGGGAGGCACCGACGCCGAGAGGAGGCAAAUGCGCAAAGAGAAACGCUGCAGCACGCGAAAGGCGAGACUUUCUGCCCACAGCAGACGAGGUGGCACAAACGCUGGCCGCUUUCGUGGAGAUCGCGAGGUCUCUGGCGAAGGCUCUUGAAGAACUGGCAAGGGAAGACAGAACGCCUCCGCUGGCAGUGCUGACAGCGGGCGACCGGCGUUUCCUCCCUCUCUCUCUCUUCCUGCGGUGCGAGGGACCCUACAUGAACCGCGUCUCCACUCUCUGUUCUUCGCCCCGGCCUUCUCAGCGACAAACGUCGGGGGAAAUGUCUCUCUUGGCUUCUGGAUGGGCCAGAAGUCCAACUCCCGGUUCGGUGUCUCCUUCGCACAGCAGUGUCUGCGGCGCGGGGCGCGCGAGCAGCGUGGUGAGCAUGACGGCGGCAGGCUUCUUGAGUGAAGAGACACCUCGUGAACUCGCAAGGAGAGAUGUAUUGAAAGACACUGGACUCAAGGACGGAGGGGGGCUGGGGAGAGACGGAGCGUCCGUCGUCUCCACGCGUCGAGGUCCGAGCACGGAGCUUCAGGGUGGAUGUGCGUCUUUCUCGGUCGUCUCUGCGGGUCGCCAGCGCGCCGAACAGCGGCGCAGCCUGCAGCGACGGCGUCGGAGCUCGCCAACAGUGACAGCGUGUCGCGUGGACCGAGUGACUCCGCGCGGUUGUGUGGCGUCUCUUCUCGUCUCCAAAGAAAACGAGCAGAGAUGUCGAGGCAGAGACGAGGGCCUCGCUGCCCCUUCGCUGCUUGGCAUCGGAGAAGAAGACGAAGAACUCGAAGUCGUCUGUCCCGAUCUUCUCCUUCAAGAGGCGCUCUGGGAACUGCUAAGAGACACACUGGAAAAAGCUAUGGCCGCAGGAACACAGAUCGUCAAUGCGUUCGUGGCGCAAAACAUCUUGCGGCCCUACGCGGACGCGGCGAAGCAGUUCCUGCUGCUCCUCAUCCACCUGGGCGCGGUGUCCGGACACCCUUCGAUGUCUUCGCUUCCUUCGCCUUCGUCUUUCUUGCCUGCGGGCGCUGCUCAUUUUCUUCGGGCGACUGAGACCAAGGGAGAAGAAACUGGAAAAGAAAUCUUUUCUGGGGCGUCGAGCCGCAACUUUUACGCGACGCUUCUUGAGUACCUGCUCAAGCGCUACGCUGUCGAAGAGAAGAUCUUUGAGGCUGCUCAGGGCGUCAGGUUUCCGUUUCUCCUCGAUCUUCGUGGAGAAAAGAGAAAAGCUGAGGGAGCAGAUAGCGACGUAGAAUCAUAGCGAAUCGCAGGACAGAAACGUUCAAAGUUUCCGUGGAGUCCUCAGAUGCUAUGAUUUUGAUCGGGACUGCCGCACUGGGAAGAAUUGUCGCUGAGAAAGAAUUAUCUGUAACUCCUUGUGGGGGUUUGUGCGUUGAGCUGGACUAUUGGUUUACAUCUUGAAAGCCUCGUUUCACCUAGUUGAAGUUCUCUGGUGCCUUCCUGACCACCUUGUUACGUGGCAGAAAAACGCGUUUCGGGCAUUCCCCCCUGCGGUCGUUUACGGCAAAAAACGAAUGUCUUCGGGACGGACUUAACAUUACCGCACUGCGUUCUGCAUGUAGAGUCAUGAAAUCCAUGCGGCUUGGGGAGUUCCCCCCUGCCGAGGUGGCGGGCAAAGGACCUGAUGGUCCACUCUGGCAGAAGCCUUGGAUGAAUCUCGUAAUUGGAGUAAUAAUAGUGAUUGCAA